AGGAGUCCGGAGUCUAGGGUUCGAACUCAAGAACGGACGGGAAAGGUCAGGCAGGGGAGUACGGACGUACUGGCAGGCGAGACAUUCCACUUCCAUGGAAAAAGAGCAACAAAGGGGAAGAGGAAAGGCGAGCAGCCUUAGGUCGGUCCGUCGGGUCUCUCCUGUCACGAGGCGAACGCAAGGGACGAAAGCAAGGGACCAAGGCUGGCAAAUUUGCAUGAGCCUGUGGAAAAGCGGUGCAGGCAGAGGAGUUGCGAGGUGAAUCUUGCAGAAAGCCAGCGUGUGCAAGAUCGGAGUGCGGAGGGUGACGGAGGCCGGAGCAGGGAGAUAGGAUUGUGUGGUUUUUCACCGUUCGUAGAAUGGGGCAGAAAUGCGUAUGUGCCCGGGGGGAACGGGGAUGAAGGGGAGCGCUGGAGAAUUGGAGGUGUGGCGGUGAAAGGAUGGGUCGGUUUGCCGAGGCCUGGAAGUGAGCGCGAGAGAGAUGUCAUGGUCGAAGGGCUUGCAGGAGGGGUUUUGGAGUUCGGGAACUUGGUUUAGGCAGCAGAAGAAUGGAAAAGGGUAAAAUAAUAAUAUUGCUGUCGCGCGAGAGAGAGAGGCAGAGAGGAAGUCGAGAGCUGCCUAGAGGGGGCUUGAGGUAGCGUAGUGAUUGUCACAACAGAUGGAUCCAGAGCAGACUUUCCUGAGGGUGCAUGCGCGGUUGUCCGGCGUGCUGUCAAGGCUGUUAACUCCGAGAUUUAGAGCAUUGUUGGAGUACAUAUGUCUUUGCAAUGCUCUUAUGCUCUUGGCACUGCUUGUGGUUAUGCACGUCAACUUCGUGGCUCAGCCUGGAUGCUCAGAAGAAUUUUCUGCGAGUGAGAUUGCAGAUGCUCAACUCGUGCAGAUCAAGAUCACGGGAAGCUGGAACCUGAUUGCCGAAGAUUAUAUCGUGAAUGAAAUAAGGACAGAAUCUAAGGGGAAUGUCCACGAUGCAUCAGUAGAGGAGCCGCCAGCUCAUGACGAGCCUGAUUUGUCCCAAACUUUGCUGCCGGACCAACAAGUCCUAGAUGUCGGUGGGGAAGGGUGGAACAUCUUGGCUGCCAAGUUCUGGUUGAAUCUGCUGGGCAACAACGCGAGGAGGGGACAAGUUGCUAAGAGAACGUCUAAGGCUGAUAGGGGAACAGACACUAGCACAACACCUAUUGUACCUGAAGAAGCGAGUAGCAAGCUGGCUAGUCGAGAAAGUAGUUCUGAAGAGAGCGCUGGACUGGAUGGAAGUCCUCGACCCCUUACUGGACCGGGUAGGGGUCCGUUAGGAACGGCUUUGCUGCACUAUAUUGCUCGAUGGAGUAGCUAUUUUGGAGUCUUGUCGGAGAGAGCAGAGCAGAGUAUGCUCCACUUUUGGCAAAUUUGGAGAGUUGCGGGCUGGGAGCCAUUUACAGCGUCUCCUAAAGGUGAUCGUCGUAGUGUGGCGUGGAACAAGCUUGAUUCUGUAAUUGUGGAUCUUACGGAGAAGAGAAGGAAGGUUCUUGAUCCGACUUACCUGUACAGUGUAGAAAAGGGUUACCUCAUGCUCUCUGAAGGAGCCAAGUUUCACCACAAUAUAAAAACGGUCAAUGUCACUAUUUCAGCACAGAACGCCUGCUUCGGAAAUAAGUGGCAGCAACUCCUGAUUGACAACUUCGUAGGAUACGACACAAUUCUGAUGAACAGUCUACUAAAUGCCCGAGAGAAAGGUUACCUGUACAAUUUCCAAACGAAGGAGCUGUACAAUCUGAACUAUCUCCAAGAAUUUAGUGGCGUUCCACACGGAUUUGAAGAUUAUAUUGUUUUCAAGUGUGGAGUACUUAUCACAUCUCUUUUUGUCUUUUUUACCACGACGAUGUCCGUGUCAUUUACUUUGCGAGAAACUCAGGCUCGAAUGUUGAAAUUUACUGUGCAAUUGCAGCAUCAUGCCCGUCACCGCCUCCCAACGUACCGCCUGAUCUUUGUGCACGUUAUUGAGUCCCUUGUCUUUGUACCGAUCAUGAUAGGGAUACUGUUUUUCCUUUUCGAGUUUUUUGACGACCAACUCCUUGCGUUCAUGGUUCUCACCCUUGUUUGGCUCUGUGAGCUGUACACGAUGAUUAGUGUGAGGACGCCGUUAUCAAUGCAAUAUUUUCCACGUUUCUUCUUCUUGUAUUUUAUGGUCUUCCACAUCUAUUUCUUCUCCUACACCUAUGGAUUUUCUUAUCUGGCAUUUUCUGCCACCGCCGCUUUCAUGCAGCAUCUAGUUUUGUACUUUUGGAAUCGAUUUGAGGUGCCCGCUUUGCAUCACUUUCUAAGGAGGAGGGCUCUUCUACAACAGCAGGGUCUGCAUAUCACUUCCUCUGCCAUACUCACGUCCGCUGUACAAGUUGCCCGAUUGAGUGGUGCAGGAGAUGUUCGCAACUUUACAUUUAACCCCAAUAAUCCCAGAGGAGGGUUUGAGGUGAGAGGUCCUGUAAAUGAUGCGCCCCUGCACACUAUGCCGGACAGAGAUAUUACCAGGGAGGGCGGAGGCCCACGAUCGCCAGUUGACAGUUACCCUACAUCCGGUAGGACUCAUGUGAGCUCUGUCGAUGUGAAUACUGGUCUCAGUAUCCUUGUUGCCAAUGCUGCAGCACGAGAGUCUGGCUUGGACAGAAGUUUUGGAUUGGGCACCAGAAUAAUCGACUCUGACAGGCAGCAGCAUCCUCGGAGUGACAGCGAGGGUGUUAGUGGUAGUAGCAAUAGAGGUAGGAGUAGUGUAGCUAAUAAUGAAAGUGGAGAACCUGAAUCAGGAGUGCCAGUGCGCACAACAUCUGGCCCUUUCAGCUCUCUUGGGAAUGUGUUGCCAUGGCUGUUGGGACACAGUAGUGGAAAUUUGGUUUCUUUUCUCCCCAUAUUUCGUGACUUUCAAGAUAAUCAGGAGUUUGGUACUUCUGCAGUUACCACCGACCAAGGAGAGGAUGGUAUCAUUCAGAGGCCCACGCCUAUAGGAGUGACUAACGAGACCAUAAUUAGGUCACGAAGGCGGGGUACUACUACCUCACAAUAAUCAUGGCUUAGUCUUCAAACGGUGAAUUAUAGAGAAAUUUUAGGUUACACCUUUUUUCCCCCAGCUGGCGAACCUUUCUAGAGAGAUCUAGGUUCGGUUUGAUGUACCCUGCGUCCCUAUAUCCGAAAAGCGCUUCUUCCGGAGGUGAUGAAGUAGGCUUUUUGGUUCCUGCUAUGUUCCAUUCAUAAUCCCCACCUGAACCUUAUUGGAAUUUGGUCCAAUCAUCUCAGAGAACUGACUGGGACUAACUGGGAGGCUCCUGUAAAAAGAUAGACGCUCUUUAGUACGAGUUUAAAGCCACAUUCUGUUCUUGGGGAGUCUUUACCUCUAUAGACCUGAAGGCUGGCGCAAUUGACGACAUGAUGUACAAAAGAAGGAAGUAUGGCUGUCAGUCCUGGCCAAAUAGAACCAGAGCUCUCGAAGGUGUACAUUAUUAUUGCUAUCCCUAUCUGAUGUGAAGAUAGUUUGGAUACUACUGUAUUUCAAAUGCUGCGAGCCAUUCCUAAUGUGGAUCAUUUGCGAUCCCUUCGACCAAGGUGUAUCAAUGACACAGAUUGAUUGGCCUAUUGGAUACGAUAUAUAAAUUUUUU